GACCGGCGCCUCGCCCGGCCAGGCCAGCCUGAGUCCUGCCGCUGCCGUCCAGCCGCUGCGGCUUCGGUCCGGAAAGGCACCAUUUUGUCGCGGCUGCCCGUUCUCCCAGGUGGGGGGGAGAAGGGAUUUAUUUUAUUUAAUUUUUAAAAUUUUUGUAUUUCGGAGCGGCUGCAGACGAGGAGAACCUGUUGGGCAUCCCCCUCUCCCCGCUUGUGAGCGCCUCCCGGGCGGACGGGCGGGACCGGAGCCCUCGGGGGCACGGCGCUUCCUGGCACUAGGAGGCAGCGGAGGCAGGCGCAGCAUCCUCGCCGGGAAUUGGAGCCGAAGUGAGCGCACCGCGCAGGAGGAGCCGCCGCAGCCUCGGGAGCCCGAGUGGAGGAGGCGACAGCUCCAUUGCUGGCUUUUUUAUCAUCAUUAUUAUUAUCAUUAUUUUUUCUCUCCGCCUCCCGUCUCCUCCUCAGGCUCGGACCAUGGUGCAGUCCCCCUGGCUCCCCUGCCCCCCUCUCCUGUGAGACUGGCUGCGGGGAGGGAUCAUGGAUACUUGUCUGCCGGCUUCUGGUUCCCACGCAAGUGAGCCUGCUGUCAAUGGAGGAGGACAUUGAUACCCGCAAAAUCAACAACAGUUUCCUGCGCGACCACAGCUAUGCGACCGAAGCUGACAUUAUCUCUACGGUAGAAUUCAACCACACGGGAGAAUUACUAGCGACAGGGGACAAGGGGGGUCGGGUUGUAAUAUUUCAACGAGAGCAGGAGAGUAAAAAUCAGGUUCAUCGUAGGGGUGAAUACAAUGUUUACAGUACAUUCCAGAGCCAUGAACCCGAGUUCGAUUACCUGAAGAGUUUAGAAAUAGAAGAAAAAAUCAAUAAAAUAAGAUGGCUCCCUCAGCAGAAUGCAGCUUACUUUCUUCUGUCUACUAAUGAUAAAACUGUGAAGCUGUGGAAGGUCAGCGAGCGUGACAAGAGGCCAGAAGGCUACAACCUGAAAGAUGAGGAGGGCCGGCUCCGGGACCCUGCCACCAUCACGACCCUGCGGGUGCCUGUCCUGAGACCCAUGGACCUGAUGGUGGAGGCCACACCACGGAGAGUCUUCGCCAAUGCUCACACGUAUCAUAUCAACUCCAUAUCUGUCAACAGCGACUAUGAGACCUAUAUGUCUGCUGAUGACUUGCGGAUUAACCUAUGGAACUUUGAAAUAACCAACCAAAGUUUCAAUAUCGUGGACAUCAAGCCGGCCAACAUGGAAGAGCUCACAGAGGUGAUCACAGCAGCAGAAUUUCACCCGCACCACUGCAACACCUUUGUGUAUAGCAGCAGCAAAGGGACAAUUCGGCUGUGUGACAUGCGGGCAUCGGCCCUGUGUGACAGGCACACCAAGUUUUUUGAAGAGCCAGAAGAUCCAAGCAACAGAUCAUUUUUCUCUGAAAUUAUCUCUUCAAUUUCGGAUGUGAAGUUUAGCCACAGCGGGAGGUAUAUCAUGACCAGGGACUAUCUGACUGUGAAAGUUUGGGAUCUCAACAUGGAAAAUCGCCCCAUCGAGACAUACCAGGUUCAUGACUACCUCCGCAGCAAACUGUGCUCCCUCUAUGAAAAUGAUUGCAUUUUUGAUAAAUUUGAAUGUGUGUGGAAUGGGUCAGACAGUGUCAUCAUGACGGGUUCCUACAACAACUUCUUCAGGAUGUUCGACCGAAACACCAAGCGCGAUGUGACCCUUGAAGCCUCAAGGGAAAACAGCAAACCUCGGGCUAUCCUCAAACCCCGAAAAGUGUGCGUGGGGGGCAAGAGGAGAAAAGACGAGAUCAGUGUCGACAGUCUGGACUUUAGCAAAAAGAUCUUGCAUACAGCUUGGCAUCCUUCAGAAAACAUUAUAGCAGUGGCGGCUACAAAUAACCUCUAUAUAUUCCAGGACAAGGUUAACUAGGAGGACCAGUUAUUACUAAUCUCACAUACUGAAUACUAGUCAAACGAGUUUUUCAGUGUCUCCUUGGGUCUUCAUUUGACACAUUGACUUUCAUUUCCCUAUGCAUAAAACAAUUGGAAUAGAAUUAAAAGGAGUCCAAGUUCCCAACUUCCCAGUUCUAAGAAACUUUUGUCAAACCCAAUAGGCUUGGGCCACUUCCUUUUAGAACUGAGAGCUGCCAGCCUCCAGUAACCCUUCCAUAGUUGACUUGAAUUUCUGAUGCUUUUAAUGCCCAGUUUUCUCUGGUGGGUCCCAUGUUUUGUUUCUAGGUGUCUGCUGCGAUAAAAUGAGGUUGUCUGUAGUAUUUAAGGAGAAAGAUAAUUUUUUUUUAAUUAAGCAAUUCCAUUUGAUUGAAAAAUCUACAAAAAAAAAUAAACACCGUUUACUCUUAGAGAACUUCUCUUUUUGUGAAAAAUCAGGCUUAGUUAGUACCUCCUCUGCCUUCCCACCCUCUUUUUCAUCUUCGGUUACACAAUUUCACUUGAGCCAGAGAUUUAAUUUAGGAGUCUGAGAAAAGGAUGAAGAAUGGGAAGGGAAGGGACACAGUGAACGUGCUCUACUCUCCUGGGAAGUGCCAUAGAAACAGCUUGAGAAUUUGACGGGGAAACCAUGAAUGCUUCAAGGGGCAUAAAGAGAAUCUUUCUCCCGCGAGGCUUCCCAGAGUUGGCUUGGCAAGGCCAUGCAGGGCCUGAUCCCUUCUGCUGCCUCUCACUCUUGCUUUUUGUCCUUUUAAAUGGCCCUGUAUAAUCUCCUGCCUACUCAUUCCCUGGCUCCUUCCUUCAACCUUUUCCAGCAGAUUUAUUCUGCUGACUUCUAAAGGCCAAGGCCUGGUUGCUUAGUAAUCUGGAGUUCUAAAUGGAACAGAGCAGGGGCAGUCCCUGAGAAAAACAGGCCUGUUCUUUUGGGGUUAUGUCUCCUGAGUGGCUCCCUCCCUUCCUCUUGGUUUUGGUAAUGUGAAGGAACAACAGUAGCGAGCAUAGAUGCUCAUCUGUAAAGCCUAACCACUCAACUCACCGGAGGGCUCACUCCCUGCAAAAAUGAGAUGUGGAGGAACUGAGAAUUAUGAGCCCACCCUUGUUCUAGGUAUUUAGGUCACAUUUACUUCCAAGUAAAGCUUGGCCUCCUCCAAAGAAAUGAAUUCAAAAUUGUCAGUUCUGACAAUCAUGAGGGAGACUGGCCCAUCUUCCUCCUUGAGAUGGGGAUUCAAACUCACAACUUCCAGAAGCCAUUUCCAAAAGAAAAUAUAUGAAUUUAAAGGAUGUAUACAUUUGGAGAGGAGGUUUAGAAAGUGGUUGGGGAUUGUCUGGGUUAAUGUCUCAACUUUGUCUUGAUGGAUGAUACAUUUCCCCUAAGUUAUAUUAAACAGGAAAUAGCUUGAAGUGA